CUGACAUCAGCAUUGAAUUGAGACAUUUACUCAGCUGGUGUCAUUAUUCAUUGGGUUGCUUUUUGGAUGGAUUGAGAAACAUGGAAAACCUUGGGCUUCAUCCACUGACUUAGUCCCAGAAGACUGUGAGCUCUCCUAACAUGAUGCCUACAGCUAGAGGCAUGUCCCAAAUGAUACCCAAUCACGUCCUGAGAGUGGGUCAAACUACCCGUCUGGACUCGGGGCUGCAGGAGGCACUCCAACACCCCAGUCUCACGGAGCCCAGCAGUAACCAUGGUGACCCUGAUCUUGAUAUUUCCCUGGAUAAUCUCAACCAGCUCAUCCUAGAACUGGAUCCGACAUUUGAACCCAUUGAGAUCAUCAAAAGUCCUUUGUGCAUCAGCCCUCCUACAGACGACUCAGAUGACGAUGUCUCCCACUGCGUGUUGGUCCCUAGAGGAUGCUCUCCCUGCUCCCUGCCCAUUGGGAUCCCAUCUGUGUCGGCCAGUAUACCCUUCCCUACAUACAGCAGUGUCAGCUGCAGUCCCCAUGGCACACUGGUGUUCUCCAGCUCCCCUACAUCCUCCCUGCCUCCGCUGCCAUGUGGCAGUGCAGCCCGACGAAAUCCCUCAACGAAGCAUGACGCAACCUCCCAAGGAUCCCUGCGCCUGUCCCACUCCAACAGAAACAGUGCCGUCUCGCUACUCUCCACGUCAACUUGCUCAGACACCAGCUACAUCCUUGGCAGCAACCUGUCCCUGGCCAGUGAAGACGCUGACUCUCAAGAGUUCAUCCUCACUCACACGUCUGGAUCAUUUGGCGAUGGGUCCAGAACUACAGCAUUUGAGAACAGGCACAGCCCAGAAAAGCCCCCGCUGUUCAAGCGAGGACACCUGCAGGAGCAUCAAGUCAAACGGGCACAGAGAAGUCCUGCUUCACUCUCUGGGUCUUUGAGUGAUAUUCCUAUACUGCUAGUCAACGGUGAACCACAGCCGGACCUGCACAUCCGGUCUCCCGGACAAGAAGUUGACUUAAUGCAGACCGUCCUUAAUGUGUCUAACUCAAAUCCAUUUCCUUCUCACAGUUUCCAAGCCCAUUUUAAUGGCAGCCAGCCCUCAAUGAAGUUUGUCAUGGACACUUCAAAGUUUUGGUUCCGUCCACAUAUCAACAGAGCAGAAGCUGAAGCUCAGAUAAAGGACAAGGAAGCAGGAGCAUUUGUUAUGAGAGACAGCACGUCCCACAGAGGAAGUUUCGGUCUGGCUAUGAAGGUGGACCAAAUGGCCGCCAACGCCACUGCUACCACCUACCCAGGAGAGAGCAGUUCAGAUCUCGUCAGACACUUCCUUAUUGAAUCUUCAGCUAAGGGCGUACGUAUCAAAGGCUCUUCUCAGGAACCCUACUUUGGUAGUCUCUCUGCCCUGGUCUACCAGCACACUAUUUCUGCCUAUGCUUUACCCUGCAAAUUACUGCUCCACUCCAGAGAUGUGGGUGCAGCAGAGGAAAGUGCAAAUCACAAACCAGCAUCAGAGGACAAGAGUAAAACAGCUUGCAAUUUUGUCUACCUGAAUGCUGUCCCCACUGAGAUGCUGACGGGCCCUUGUGCAGUGCAGAAAGCGGUGUGCUCUACACUUGAGAAGGCCCCAGGUUCCUUCAUACCAACCAUAGUCAACCUGAAGGUGUCUUUGAAGGGUGUCACGCUGACAGAUAUCAACAGGAAACUCUUCUUCAGACGCCAUUAUCCUGCUCACCUGCUUAGCUACAGUGGUGAAGAUCCAGACAAUCGACUGUGGUUAAAAGGUUCCAGUUUUGGUGCGAGGAUGUUUGGCUUCGUGGCAAAAGGUGUGGAGGCUGGCAUGGAGAAUGUAUGUCACGUCUUUGCAGAAUAUGACCCCCUGCAGUCGUGCAACAAAGUCAUUGAGGUUAUUCAGGCUGCCAUAGGCAAGCCUUAGACACACAAGGAUCCAGACUCGCACCUCCGAUCACAUGAUUAAAGUCAUACAUAUAGAUUCGACUGUGGUAUACAGUAUAUGAAGAUGUACAAGACUGAACAGCUGUCCAGCAAGAACAUAACAGACAAGGAACCAGCAACAUAUGAUUGUAAUUAAAUGGCACACUGCUACUGUUAAAAUAAUGUAAAUAUGUUAGAACAAAUUCAACAAUCUUUUUGUAAUUAUUGAUUAGCUCCCAAAAAAUAUCAGAAAAUGUUGUUGAAAAUAUUGCACACAAUGAUAGAAACCAACACCUACAUAGAGGUUAGGGGAUAGUAAACUAAUGGAUUUGUAUCUGAGGUUGAAUCUGCACUAUACGAUUAUUGUAGUGAUUUAAUUAAAGGUAUUUUGAAGGUUCUGUUCAUAGACUAGAUUGUCACGUCCUUUCAUUUCAAAGCAGAAACAUUGGAUAUACCCUACUUGUAUUGUUCAAAAUGUAUUUAUUAUAUGGCACAGACUUUUUUUUUUUUUAUUAUUGUUAUGAGAAAUAAACAUGUUGAACUUGG